AUGGCUUCAUCAAUGGAAGUAGAAUGCUACCUCCUCUCAUCCAACCCAGACGCCCCGAACAGUCCCCUCCCCGUAAUCCACUACAGAAACGUCCUCCCGGAACCCCGGAAUGAGGAGUCGGUGACGGAGUUCCUGACCCGGAACCGGUGGGAGAAGAGGGGUACCUGGGGCCACAUCCCCAUCCGCCACUUCCACCCUAACAGCCACGAGUGCUACGGCAUCUUCAGCGGCUACUCAACCCUCCUAAUCGGCAAAAUCAACGAAGGCACAGGCCAAGAAAUCUCUGUAUCGACGGGCGACGUCAUUGUUCUUCCCGCGGGCACGGCACAUUCUUGUCUCGAGAGCUCGGAAGAUUAUCGAUAUAUCGGCGUCUAUCCCGAGGACACAAACGUGCACGGCAUCUAG